AUGACAGGAAAUCAGGAUUCAGUCCAGGAAAUCGUUGUCCAACCAGAGUACCAGCAGCGACGACGUCCUCAGCAGCUUGUUCCUCUGCCGACAUUUUCAGCUCCAGGCUCCUCUCGUGUUUUAUCUUGGAGCUCUGUUCACCACUCAUCUGCUCGUUCUGGAGAAACAAACAGUGACCAUCAGUACUCUGCAGAUAUAUCAGGUGAAAAACACGAGGCAGCGUCUGCACACACGUCACCAAACGAUGCCAAGAGAAACAGAGUUCCAGCUGCAGAAGACGGCCCGACAGAAGCUUCUGGAUUUGGACCGUCACCCGACCCCAUCAUCCCAAUCCGGUCCCGUCGCUCUACCCUAGAGUCCGAGUGCAGCCUGCGCUCCAUCCUGCUGCAGGUUCGAGACCUGGGGCUGGGCUACGACUCAGACGAGACCGUCCUCUUCAAGUACUGCAGUGGGACGUGUCCACGCGUCCGCUCCAACCACGACCUCACCCUCACCAACCUGCUGCUGAGCGGGGUGCUCCCUCAACCAGCACCUGGGGAGCUGUGGCACAACACGCCCUGCUGCAGGCCCACCCACCACGAAGACAUGGCCUUCCUCGAUAACUCGCACCGCUGGCACAAGGUGGAGAAGCUGUCAGCCGCGGGCUGCAGCUGUGUGGGCUAG